CCGAGCCCGGGCAGUGUUAGAGCCACAGCCAGGAGCCAGGAGUCUGCGUCCAACACCCAUCAGCCGCUCUGCCCGGCGCCAUGAGCAGGGAGAGUCUCUCGCUCCGGUUCCCGCUGCUCCUGCUCCUGUUGCCGCCACCUGCGGUCCUGCCCGCGGACCUUGGGGCGCCCACACCCGCGAACCCCUGUUGCUACUUUCCAUGUCAGAACCAGGGUGUCUGUGUCCGCUUUGGCCGUGACCACUACCAGUGUGACUGUACCCGCACGGGCUACUCCGGCCCCAACUGCACCGUCCCUGAGCUCUGGACCUGGCUCCGGAAUUCCUUGCGGCCCAGCCCUGCUUUCUUUCACUUCCUACUCACACAUGGACGUUUGUUUUGGGAGUUUGUCAAUGCCACCUUCAUCCGAGACAUGCUCAUGCGCCUGGUGCUCACAGUGCGGUCCAGACUCAUCCCCAGCCCCCCCACCUACAAUUUAGCGCAUGACUACAUCAGCUGGGAAUCUUUUUCCAAUGUCAGCUAUUAUACUCGAAUUUUGCCCUCUGUGCCCAAAGACUGCCCCAAACCCAUGGGCACUAAAGGGAAGAAGCAACUGCCAGAUGCAGAGCUCCUGGGCCAUCACUUCCUGCUCAGGAGGAAGUUCAUCCCUGAUCCUCAGGGCACAAACCUCAUGUUUGCCUUCUUUGCACAACACUUCACCCACCAGUUCUUCAAGACUUCUGGCAAGAUGGGUCCUGGCUUCACCAAGGCCUUGGGCCACGGGGUAGACCUUGGCCACAUUUAUGGAGAUAAUCUAGAACGCCAGUAUCACCUGCGGCUCUUUAAGGAUGGGAAACUCAAGUAUCAGGUGCUGGAUGGGGAGGUGUACCCGCCAUCAGUGGAAGAGGCACCUGUGUUGAUGCACUACCCACGGGGCAUCCCGCUUGAAAGCCAGAUGGCCGUGGGCCAAGAGGUGUUUGGGCUGCUGCCGGGGCUCAUGCUCUAUGCCACACUCUGGCUGCGUGAGCACAACCGUGUGUGCGACCUGCUGAAGGCAGAGCACCCCACCUGGGAAGACGAACAGCUCUUCCAGACUACCCGCCUCAUCCUCAUAGGAGAGACCAUCAAGAUUGUCAUUGAGGAGUACGUGCAGCAGCUGAGUGGCUACUUCCUGCAGCUCAAGUUUGACCCUGAGCUGCUGUUCCGUGCCCAGUUCCAGUACCACAACCGCAUUGCCGUGGAGUUCAACCACCUCUAUCACUGGCAUCCACUCAUGCCUGACUCCUUCAAAGUGGGCUCCCAGAAGUACAGCUAUGAGCAGUUCUUAUUCAACACCUCCAUGCUAGUGGACUACGGAGUCGAGGCCCUGGUGGAUGCCUUUUCUCGCCAGAGCGCUGGUCGGAUUGGUGGGGGAAGGAACAUAGACCACCAUGUUCUGCACGUGGCUGUGGAGGUCAUCAAGGAGGCUCGAGAGAUGCGACUGCAGCCAUUCAAUGAGUACCGCAAGAGAUUUGGCAUGAAGCCCUACACCUCUUUCCAGGAGCUCACAGGGGACAAGGAGAUGGCAGCUGAGUUGGAGGAGUUAUAUGGAGACAUUGAUGCCUUAGAGUUCUACCCAGGGUUGCUUCUUGAAAAAUGCCUACCAAACGCCAUCUUUGGGGAGAGUAUGAUCGAGUUUGGGGCUCCCUUUUCCCUCAAGGGUCUCCUGGGGAAUCCCAUCUGUUCUCCAGAGUACUGGAAGCCAAGCACAUUUGGUGGUGAGAUGGGCUUCAAUAUUGUCAACACGGCCACACUGAAGAAGCUGGUCUGCCUCAACACCAAGACCUGUCCUUAUGUUUCCUUCCGCGUGCCCAGCUCCAGUCAGGAUGAUGGGUCCGCUGUGGAGCGACCAUCCACAGAACUCUGAGGGGGGCAGUGAAGUGGCAUUCUGGAGAGCAGAGCUUUGUGCUGGAGAUUCCAGAAUGCUGAGGCCAGGGUUGAUGGUCUAAAGUGUCGGUUUUCUGGUUUGGCAUUGCAAGUGUGGGGGCUGACUUUUAGAACUUUGGGUCUCACCUCUGAUCUGGGAUAUUGUGGGGGUUUUUUGGUCAGUCUAGAAUGCUGAAUUCUAUGUUAACCCUUCAGAACAUUAGGAGUGGUUGGUUCUCACUGGAUUUUCCAGAACACUGGGUUCUUGGUUAACAAACUAUAAUGUCAGAGUUCUGCUUUGACAUGUAGACAUUCUAGAAUAUAGAGUUCCUAGCAUACUCCUAAAAAGUUAAGGGGUUCUUAUUUUGUAUUCUAGAAUCUGGGUGGCCCUCCAGAACAUUGACUGCCUGAUUGGUGGUUUGGAAUGUUGUGUUCAUGGUUGAUGACCCAGAACAGAGGCUGGUAGGCCGGAUCAGUCCUGAGCUGUGUCUAGAAUGUCAAUUCAAUUCCUUUUCCUGUCUGAGGAAGUAGCUAUGGGGCAAAAGAUCCUAAUUACCAACAAGAAUGCAUUGCCUGAAUUUGUUCCUGCCCCAAGGGUCAAGCAAGUGGGGUGUUUUUCUUGGGACCCCCACUUAGAUCCUGGUCCAAGGAUACAGAGAGAACAGAAGGGCUUUUCCAUACCGUUGGUUGGAAGCUGCCAGAGCUCUGUCCCAUCCACAUCUUGACUUGUGGCAGCUGUCAUGAAGCUAAUAAAAUUCUCUUUUCAAAGUUG